AUGACCUACUCACUAGAUAUUCGCUUAGGAGGUAUAGUUCUCAUGUACGUUUACUCGAUCGAUACCACUACGGUUGCAAGUGUUCUAGGUCUCUCGCAUCGUAGCCUCGAUCGAUGGUAUAAACAUUUACGAACGACAGGCAAUGUUCUUAAAGCAAACACCAAGGCGAAAUCGUCUAGGUGGCCUCGUGAUGUGUGUGCGUUCGUACAAACGUACGUGAAUGCGCAUCCGUGCUUCUACUUUGAAGAGCUACGCUACGAAUUACGCAAGCGCUACCGGGACUCAAUUGGCGUAUCCGACGCGACAAUCUGCAGAGCCCUUCGAUUCGACCUCAAAUUGACAAGAAAAGUUCUAACAAAGCGCGCGCGAGAGAGAGUGUUCCACGCGAAAGGCGAGAUUAUGUUAGCCGUCUUAAUCCUUUCUACAGCGACCCUGAUCAACUCGUCUUCGUCGACGAAACAUCAAAGGACAGAAGAUCUGCUCUACGUCAUUAUGGUUGGUCUGCAAGAUAUACACCGGCACAUGUAA